AUGACUGCAAUGCGUGGUAACAGUUAUUAUAUAAUUCCAACGCAAACAACAAAUAUACCAUCAACACCAAAUAGUAAAUAUAAUCAAUACGUCACAAAACGUGGUGUAGCAACAUUAGAAAGAACAGGAUCGAGUCCGCAUGUAUUACAACAUGGUGGUUUUCCACAACAAUUAAGGCACAUUGUCGGUGGACCAGGUUUGCUGAUUGGAACAGGAAAAGCUCUUUUAGAUUUGAUUGAUUUUGUGUUUAUAUCAGUAGUGGCUUGUUUGUUCGUACCAUCACAAUUAGGUAAACCACAACAGUUACAACAUGGAGGUUUGCCACAACACAUUAAGCAAGCUUUGGGUGGCUUAGAUGGACUCGAAUACACAUGA